AAAACAACGUAAUCCCCAUAAAUCAGCUGUUACACGAGGGAUUUCCGAACUUCCAACGAUGUCGUACGAAGUUCUCUGUCAAAAGUCGCACACACCACAGCAGCAGUUUUUCCUUUCACAGCUACGGGCUAGCUCGUGUUUUCCUCAAUUUCCCUCGUAAUUCCCACGCACCAGCUGCACAAAUCUUCACGAAAUUGUUUCAUUGGCACGCAAAAAUGGUCCUCAGUGUAGUUUCUCGGCAUGUCGCGACGAAUUACCGUUACAUGAGGUACUCCUUCCCAGUGUCGCGGAUCCUCAUCGCGCACUACUCCACACAGCCGAGGAAGACUGGAAAGGUGUACGAGACUGCUGCGGAUGCUGUGGCGGACAUCCAAGAUGGGGCAAAGCUGCUCGUGGGUGGCUUUGGGCUCUGUGGCAUUCCGGAGAAUCUCAUUGCUGCCCUCAUUAAGCAUCAGGCCACCAACUACACCGUCGUAUCCAACAAUGCCGGAGUGGACAACUUCGGGCUAGGAUUGUUGCUGCAGAAGCGCAAGAUUAAGCGGAUGAUUGCAUCGUAUGUGGGAGAAAAUGGGGAAUUUGAGAAGCAAUACCUUGCAGGAGAUUUGGAAGUUGAGCUCACACCUCAGGGAACCCUGGCAGAGAGAAUCCGUGCUGGUGGCGCUGGAAUUCCUGCUUUCUUCACACCCACCGCCUAUGGGACGCUGAUCCACGAAGGUGGCUCCCCGAUAAAGUAUACGAAGGAUAAGAAAGUGGAGAUUGCUAGUCAACCGCGGUACUCCCAAACAUUCAAUGGGAAGCCCUACAUUAUGGAGGAGGCCAUCACGGGGGACUUUGCACUCAUUAAAGGCUACAAAGCUGAUGAGAUGGGGAAUCUCAUCUUCAACAAGUCAGCGAGGAAUUUUAAUGCUCCCAUGUGCAAGGCAGCCAAGAUUACGAUUGCUGAAGUGGAAGAAAUUGUGCCUGUUGGAUCACUGACACCGGAAAAUAUCCAUAUUCCCGGCAUUUUUGUGCAUCGCAUCAUCAAGGGGCCAUCAUUUGAGAAGAGGAUUGAGAAACUCAAAGUCAGAUCAGAGAAAGCGUCAUCCCUUGCGUCGACGCCAGCAGCGAAGAAUCGUGAGAGAAUUGCCCGGAGAGUAGCUCUGGAAUUCCGUGAUGGCAUGAAUGUGAAUUUGGGCAUUGGAAUUCCCGUACUCUCCUCCAAUUUCAUCCCAAAGGGUGUCAAUGUGAUGCUCCAGUCUGAGAAUGGAAUUCUUGGACUUGGUCCAUUCCCAACGAAGGAUGAAGUCGAUCCGGAUCUCAUUAAUGCCGGCAAGGAGACUGUUACAGUUGUCCCAGGAGCUUCGUAUUUCGGAUCAGAUGAUAGUUUUGCCAUGAUUCGUGGUGGUCACAUUGAUAUCACCGUUUUGGGUGCCAUGGAAGUUUCGCAGUACGGUGAUCUGGCUAAUUGGAUGAUCCCCGGGAAGUUGGUAAAGGGCAUGGGUGGUGCAAUGGAUCUUGUUGCUGCUCCCGGAACAAAGACAAUUAUCACGAUGGAGCAUACAGCCAAGGAUGGAUCCCAUAAAAUUCUUUGCAAGUGCAAUCUUCCACUAACAGGCAAGAACUGCGUUGAUUUGAUCAUUACGGAAAAAUGUGUGUUCACGGUGGACUCAGAAAGGGGUCUGACGCUGAUUGAAUUGGCCGAAGGUAUAACCAUUGAGGAUAUUAUCGCAUCCACGGGUGCUGAAUUCCAAGUUGCUGACAAUUUGCAGAAAAUGGGACAAGUUGAAGUGUAAAGUUUUAAAGAAAUCUCUGUUCUCACGUGGAGAUCCAAGAUAUCCAGUGACCGGGAGUGCAGAGUGUAUAUAUUUUUGCAUUUCUCCCCUUGCCCACUCCAAAAAUUUACAUUUGUACCGUUUUUUGACUCAAUGAAUGUUAAUAAAACACUCAAAUUUUGCAAA